UGCUGCUGAUCAACAGUGAUCGGUUCUGCGCAGAACUGGCUCAUCUCAAACGAGCCUAUUUUCAAAAGUCAUCGGUUUGCUAUCAUCCUCACUUCCGCCUGAUCAGCGGUAUGAUGUGUCGUCACGUCCUGUGGUGUUGAGCUUGAGAAGAUGGCGGCUGUUGUAGUGAUUGUAGAUGGAGUCGCCGCGCCGAUGGAUUCGGAUUCGGACUCGCCGCGGUUACCGUCUCCAGCACCGGACCAGCCGCACCAGAAUAACGCGCUGCUGGGACUCCCGAUAGUGGCGAUUGAAACGAUCCUGAAUUUCCUGUCAUACGAUGAGAUCAGUCUGCUGCGGCUGGUGUGUAAACGUAUGGAUAUGAUUUGUCAGCGAAUGCUCAAUCAAGGCUUCCUGAAAGUGGAGCGCUAUCACAGCCUGUGCCAGAAACAGGUCAAAGCUCAGCUGCCCAGGAGGGAAUCUGAGCGGAGGAACCACUCGCUUGCGCGUCAUGCAGACAUUCUGGCUGCGGUGGAAACACGUCUGUCCCUGCUGAACAUGACGUUCAUGAAAUAUGUGGAUUCAAAUCUGUGCUGCUUCAUUCCUGGAAAGGUGAUCGAUGAGAUUUACCGUGUUUUGCGAUAUGUCAACUCCACACGUGCUCCGCAGAGAGCUCAUGAGGUGCUUCAGGAGCUGCGAGAUAUCUCUUCGAUGGCCAUGGAGUACUUCGAUGAAAAGAUCGUUCCUAUCCUGAAGAAGAGGCUUCCAGGUGCAGAUCUCUCGGGCCGUCUGAUAGGAUCUGCUCCGGUGGCUGGUCCCUCUACCUCUCUGUCUACCAUGUCACUAUUGGCCAAAAACACUCCAUCACGCUCCGAGAUGACAAAGGUCCAGCAGCAGGUGAAGGUGAAUGGUGCGUCCAUGACGGCUUUGCGGCGGGAGAUGCAGGAGGUGCGUGUGAAGCAGCUGGAGCAGCAGAAGCAGCUGCAGGAUCAGGAGCAGAAGCUGCUGGAGCAGUCGCAGGUGAUCGGAGAGCAGAAUGCGCGGCUUGCCGAACUCGAGCACAAGCUCCGAGAACUGAUGGGCAGUUCGGUUGGCACCGGAGUUCCUGCCGUCACCUCCAGCUCCUCCGUUCCCGUGGCAACUGUGAGCAACAUCUCUGCUGUGGCCCCGCCACCCUCCAUAGUCAUCGGUCCCGAAGGCGAGAAUGGCCCGUCUGCCAAACGCAAGUCUUCGGACCUCCCACGUCACUCCAAACGCCUGCGUAGCAAAAAAUAGAGGAACGUGUCUAUAUAUAAUUUUUUCAAGUUUUUAUUUUGCUUUAUUCAAGCUAUAUACCUUUUUUUUUUUUCACCUGUCCAAUGAUGACACGAGUAUCACAUGGGGAUGAAAAAUUCAUGGGAAAUUGUAAAUGUUCUGUUUUUAUUGUUUUAUUAAUUGUUGAUUUCCCUAACAUCUGACGUGUUAUUACACUACUAUGCUUGAGCCCCAUUGCUCGACUUAUAUUUCUAAAGUUUUUGCAUCUGCCUUGAGCAGCAUUUGCCUUUAAUGUUUACCCAACCGUUAUGCCAGUCAGCUGUUAAUUUACCCAAGGAAACAUGUCAAAGUUCAUUGAAUGUACAAAAGCUUGACUUUUCAGAUUUACAAUCUCAAGUCAAUCAACCACAAAAUCGUUUGCAAGAACUUGGGGCUGCCUCCAUACUAACGGCUCUGAAGACUGCAAUACGGACAUGUAGCUUCUUUGGUGCUCAGCAGAAAUUGUAACCGUAAUUGUGUACGACAAUGUUUAAAAGAAUUAUAUUCCCUCUUAAAAUGGAGAACACAAAGUGUCUGAUACCUGACUACUAAGUUAUAUUGUUAUAUAAAUGGUAAAUAUCAGCUUUGUUAUAUGUUCUAAGAGAGGUAUAUUUCAUUGGAGAUGUGCCUCGACAGUAUGAGUAAAUGAAUGGUUUGCAGACGUCUGCAGCUGUAGCAUACAUGAUUAUAUUGUUUGUCUAAAAGAACAUCCGUCACUGAGGAUGGUGUCUUGUAGGUGUCAAUGCCAUGUUGUACCUGUUAUGGUUUGUAGGUGUAUAAUUUACAAAUAGAUCUGUAUCAGUGCAAUAAAAAUUGUGGAAAGCCUUGUUCCUAGGGGGGAAAAAAUAUUGAUGCUGCACUUCAUUUCACUUUUAUUUCUUAUAUAAUAUAUAACCAGUUUUCUGGUUCUGUCAUAGAAUUGUUAUAGCAAAUUCAGUGCAUCAUGAAUUAUAUGGGGCGUACAGUUUAAGAAAGUAAAAGCAAAGGGACUCCUUUCAUGUCAAAGAGGGAUUUUAUCACUGAUAUAUAUCAGUGGAUUUUAAGCUCUCUUUUUUUUUCUUUAAGAUGUAUCAGAAAGGAACACUGUUGGGUGGUUAGCAACGGCAAUGCUAACCAAUGACUGGUUGGGCAGAAACUAAAUAUUUUUGCAAGUAAUAUAUAAAUCACAAAUAUUGCAUUAUAGAAGAUUUUCUGCUUGGCUCCUUAAAAUGUGAAAUAGAUUUUUCCUAUCUGUUACCUUUGACGAUAGUAUACGAUUGUUACUACUGAAGGGCAUCGGACUGCACAUGCUUGUGGUGCCAUUAUUUGCCAAUCAACAUGAUGCCAUUUUCCUGUGGCUCCAGUGAGGUGCCUUGAUCCUGCCACAGAAUGAAAUAAAAAAGGUAAUUCUGACUUUA